AUUCACCUGUUUUGUGGCUGUAAAUUCCUCGCGGAGGCGGAUUAUCUUGUGCAAACGGAGCUGCGGGACAUUUUCCAUGAUUCAAGAACUGAACCUGCUGAAGGACGGAUUAUUCCCUUGGGCCACUGGCACUUCCUCUGAAUCUUGUCACUACACUGAUCACGGCAGCCUUGGAGCUUUUUGCCUCGCUCAAAACAAGCAACUCUGUGACGUCACUGAAGAAGCUAUGCAGCUGGAAAUCCAAGUAGCACUCAAUUUUAUAAUCUCCUAUUUAUACAACAAACUCCCUCGGCGGCGCGUGAAUAUAUUUGGUGAGGAGCUCGAGAGGCAGCUGAAGAGGAAGUAUGAGGGCCACUGGUACCCGGACAAGCCAUACAAGGGGUCGGGCUAUCGCUGCAUCCACGUAGGGGAAAAGGUAGACCCCGUGGUGGAGCAGGCGGCCAAGGAGAGCGGCCUGGACAUCGACGACGUACGGAAUAACCUCCCUCAGGACCUUAGCGUGUGGAUCGACCCCUUCGAAGUGUCCUACCAGAUUGGCGAGAAGGGACCGGUCAAAGUGCUGUACGUGGACGAUAACAACGAGAACGGCUCCGAGCUGGACCGGGAGAUCAAGAACAGCUUUAACCCAGAGGCACAGGUCUUCAUGCCGAUCAGCGACCCCGUGGGAGCGUCGUCCGAAUCCAGCUCGCCGUCGCCUCCUUUUGGCCAAUCGGCAGCUGUCAGCCCUUCCUUCAUGCCACGCUCCACGCAACCCCUAACCUUUACCACUGCCUCGUUCGCUGCCACCAAAUUCGGCUCCACUAAAAUGAAGAGCAGCGGCCGCGGCAACAACAACAAUAGCAGCAACGGCAGCAACGUUAGCAGUGGCAAAGCGGCGCGCACUUCUCCCACCCAUAACCUUGGCCUGAAUGUGAACACGCUGCUCAAGCAGAAAGCCAUGUCCACCUCCAUGCACUCGCUGUACGGCUUGGGCCAGCAGCCGAAGCCCUCCGCGCUAUCUCCAAACGCUAAGGAGUUCGUGUUCCCGCCUAGCCUCCCAGGACAGCUCAGCCCAGGAGCCGUUUUCCCAGGCGAGGGCUCUCUUGGAUUGGGCCACCUGCCGUACAGCAACGCCUUCGACAUGUUCGCGGCCUACGGGAGCCUCAACGACAAGUCCCUCGUGGACGGGCUCAACUUCAGCCUGAACAACAUGCAGUAUUCCAACCAGCAAUUCCAGCCGGUCAUGGCGAACUAAAACGCACCGUGGUUAUUUAUGAAUGACGCAGGCUCAAAGUGAAGGAAAAACAAACGCGCACAUACGGAAAACCGGACUUAUGAAGGAGUUGUCGGCAGUCAAAGAGCAUGUGCCCAAGGGUGAUUUUUCUACAGCGCCCCCUUGAGUUUGUUUUGACUCGAAGCUUGUAUAAACACAUCCAAGCUUGGUUACUCGACAUGUAUUGUUGUUUUUCUUUUCCUUUUUGCCAACUAAGCACAAAAUUUUUUACUACAUUUAAAAGUACUUCAAAAAAUAGAAAAAAAUAUACAAGCUUCAAGUUUUGGCCUCUCACAGUAUUUCAGAGGUGGUAAGGCAAGGCAGAUUUUUAUGAAUUGGCACUACUAAGUGGGGUUACUUGGUCUUUUUCUAACUGUAUAAUUUAAUUUAGUACAGAGUUUGUAUGAUAUCAGAGUAUAUAUUGUUUCUAUGACAUGGUGUUGCAUUUAUAUCUUUUUACUACUCCAGUGAUCUGUGAUGGCUGCAGCAGCUUUUCCUUAUUUUUCUUUUUUUAAGAAGAUAAUUGUUAAAUAAAUCCAUCUUUAAAGAUACAUGAACUAUUCUAAAGAUUGUGUACAGUGUUCCUUAGUGGUGGAACUCAAAGUGUAGGAAUAUUUGCUUUUUUCUGAAAGAUGAAUUGUAUUUUCUGUUAAGAGUUUAAACAGAUUUUUGCUAUACUAUGGACAAAAUGUAAUCGUAUGAAUAUUAAUUUUGUACCUACAUUGUGCAAUACUUGAUAAAAAUACGGUAUAACAAAGUAUUUUGAGUCAGUGUCUUACAUGUCAAGAGGGACUGAAAUAGUUUAUAUUGUUAAGUUUGUAUUAAAUGCUUAAAAAUUAUAUGCUUGUCUUUAUUUUUUUUAAUUUCAUAUUUGCACCCUGGUCUUUUUAAUAAAAUAAACUACAGAUAAA